AUGUGUGACGAGGACGAUGAGGAAGUGGUUGUGUUCGAAUGUGCCGCAUCGUUAGCGAUGAGUGCGUUCCCGAAUUUCGAUGAGAUACGUCGAACUGGUAAAUUAUGCGACGUGGUGCUUGUUGCCGAUGGUCUAAGAUUCAGUGCACAUCGCGUUGUUUUAGCAGCAACAAUACCAUAUUUUAGAGCUAUGUUUACUGCUGAAAUGGCCGAAUGUCAACAGAAAGAAGUACAUCUGCAAGGUGGGAUCAUCGUGGAAUCUUGA